AUGCCGGGCAAAAUUUUGCCAACGUUCACGCGAGCCGAGGUGCAGUCGCACGACUCGAUUAAAUCCUGCUAUGUCGUGAUAGACUCGAAGGUCUACGAUGUGACUGAGUUUCUGUACGAUCAUCCUGGAGGAGAGGAUUUGAUUCUGGAAUACGGCGGAAAAGAUGUGAAAGAAAUAUUGCGCGAUUCCCUUUCCCACGAACAUUCUGAUUCCGCUUACGAAAUUCUUCAUGAAUAUCAUGUGGGAUUCAUUUCAGACGGAAACUCUAAAGCUGUAUCCAGCGAGGAAUUUGGAGAGCAAGCAAAUGGAACACAGCGUAGGGUCUAUGCUAGCACCGGUAUCGCGACUGAAGAAGAUCUGUCCGUUGAGACUAACUAUGCGGAUGAUUAUCGCAAGCACAAGUUCCUAGAUCUGAGAAAGCCCAUGUUCCCCCAGCUCUGGUACGGUGGCUUUACGAAAGCAUUCUACCUCGAACAAGUCCAUCGCCCUCGUCAUUAUAAGGGAGGAGAAUCUGCCCCAUUAUUUGGGAACUUUUUGGAGCCCCUGUCGAAAACUCCGUGGUACGUUGUUCCUUCAAUCUGGCUGCCGUGUAUAGCAUACGGGACCUAUGUUGGCGCCUCUGGUCUGAAUAAUGGACUCGCCGCCGCCGGGUAUUGGAUGUUGGGUGCCUGUGUCUGGACUCUCAUUGAAUAUAUUUUGCACCGAUGCCUUUUCCACGUUGACAAGUAUCUUCCGGAUAAUCGGGUUGGAAUAUGCCUUCACUUCCUGCUGCACGGCAUCCAUCAUUAUUUGCCAAUGGAUAGAUAUCGCCUAGUCAUGCCGCCAACUCUCUUUGUUAUCCUCGCUACCCCAUUCUGGAAGGUCGCACACUUGAUCCUUUUCCACAACUGGUACGCUGGGGUCCUGGGAUAUUGCGGUGGCGUGUUUGGCUACGUAUGCUAUGAUUUAACGCACUACUUCCUUCACCAUCGCAAUCUUCCCUACUACUAUAAGCAGCUGAAGAAGUAUCAUCUUCAACACCACUUUGCCGAUUACGAGAACGGAUUUGGCGUGACUAGCCGUUUCUGGGACCGUGUCUUUGGCACCGAGCUUGAAAUACCACCUCCCAAGGUCCUGAAGGCAGAAUAA